UUUUCUUGGGAAUGCCUAAUAUCCACAACAAACUGCUUUGCUACAGUAAAGGUGUGAGUGAAUACUACACACCCGUAAAAUUUUAUUAAAAUCGAGAACCUGCAUGUUGCGGAUUCCCCUAUUCAACAGGCACAAAGAUAAUAGGAAAUUGAAGUAACGACUGAAUACAUCGUUACUGUAAAAAUAUAGUUUGAUAGUCAUCAAUUGAAGUCAGUCUCUUACAUGUGAUAACUAGCAAAGAACAAAUUAAAGCAUUCAACUUGAAGAUCAAAGUAUAUUGCGUCUAUUUUCAUUGCUUAUCCACGUGUCUUUGAUAUAGUUUCUCUUUUAAACUCUAAGUGCAAUUGUAUUGAUACAUAAACAUGCUAGCUUCGAAGUAUACUUUGAAGUGUAUCAAGGAACCGUGGAAGAGAGUGUUUUCCGAAGCAGGAAAUAUUAUACGUACAAAUAGAAUUGUUAGACAACUUUCAACGAUAGAUCCUAAGGAGAUUGAACACUUCUCUGCUCUCAAAAACAUUUGGUGGGACUAUAACAUAAUAAAAACACUUCAUGAGUUCAAUCCGAUCAGAAUACAAUUUGUAAAAGAUGGAUUAGCAAAGGCUGGAUUUAAAAUACAGAACUCGAAUCUUCCAUUAGAAGGAAUCAAGAUUGCGGAUGUUGGCUGCGGGGGUGGUAUAUUAAGUGAAGGUUUAGCUAAAUUAGGAGCGCAAGUAACUGGGAUAGAUCCAUCCGAGGGAUUAAUAAAUAUUGCUAAAGAACAUGCAAAACUGAAUUCUAAUAUAUCAGAAAAAGUAAAUUACAUUCAUACAACUGUGGAAGAUUUUGCCCAAAAAGAGAAAGAAACAUAUGAUGUUGUUGUGAUCUCUGAGGUCGUAGAACAUGUAACAGACUCACAACAAUUUUUAAAGGAAUGUGUGAAUCUUGUGAAACCUGGAAAGUCGAUUUUUGUAACGACAAUAAACAAAACUCUAGCAUCUUUGCUGUUUGUUAUUAUAGCAGAUGAAUACAUUUUCUCAGCUUUACCUCGCGGUACUCAUCAAUGGAAUAAAUUUAUUCCUCCACGUAAAAUCCAACAUGUAUUGAAGAAUUAUGGUUGCGAAACGAAAAUGAUCCAAGGUUUCAAAUUAAAUGGAAUAAAACGAAAAUGGUAUCUGUCGUCAUCUGUAUCUACUUUUUAUGGACUUCAUGCAAUCAAAAAUAAAUAAACUGGCAUAUAAACUAAUUUACAAAACAUUAAUAAAUGUAAAGUAUUUAAUACUAAAGAUCUAAAAUGCAAGUUAAAUGUUUUUGCACAAAUUUUAUAGCAUAUAUAUAAAAUUAUAUUUUUCACACAUAAAUUAUUUUUUGCUUUUUGAUAGUUUUGUAU